AUGUCUGCUCAAUCAACUCCGCGCUCGACGCGCUCUGUGUCCGUGGGCGCCUCCCCAACACAUAUGCUCACUCCAGGCCAAAAAAUCAAGGCUAUGCUUGCGCAGUUUGACAGCGAUUCGGAGUCAGAAAAUGUUACGACUACUUCUAAAACACAUCGAAUUGCGGCUCCUAAUUUCACUACUGGUGUUUCGAAAAAUAUCGCUCCAGCCGUUGACGAAGAGGACGAUGAGGACGAAGAUACUACAAUUCUUGUACCAAGAGGGCGAAUGGCCGCCCGAAUGCAGGGUCUUCAAAAUACAGAAGUAUCAUGGCCUUCCGAACCUAUAGAAGCAGCUUACGAAAGAGUAACAAAGACUCUACACCUACCAUCUGCUGAUCCCACAUCCAACAAAGCUCAGUCCUCGGAUGAAUAUCAAUCAUCGGAAGAUGAAAUGCCCAAUACUGCACCUACCAGACGCCGUCUCUUGAACACGAAAGAACGUCAAUUGAAUAAUAGUACGACAGAAAACCAUGAGCCUUGGAAUCAACAUUCUGCGCGAUCGGAAUCUCCGUUAUUUGUGGAGGAAGACAGCGACACAGUACCCAGAAUAGAGAAUAAUACUUCUACCGAGGAACCGAAAGAUGCACGAUUUCUUGCUCUUAUUGAGCGAAAACGUAAGGAACGGCAAGAAAGAGAAAGAAUUGAAGCUGAGAAGAAAGCUUCGAGAGUAGAGAAGAUGAAGCAGUUCGGCACUGAGUUUGUUGCCAGUGAUGAAAGUGACGAAGACCCAGAGAAUGCCAAACAACUAACUCAACCAUCCCGACCAGCUCGCAAAGCAAGUAAAAAGGCUUUGGAAGAAAUGGCACGAGAGACGCAACGACUGAGCCGAAAUAGGCAACUCGCUUAUCAACCACGAGUCAAGCGCAAGAUUACCAUAGACAGUUUCGUGGCCCUGAUGAAUUCACACAAAAUCGAACAACCCUCUGAACCGACAGAUGAGGUAUCUUCGAGUUCCGCUCCCUCAUCUGAGACUGAUGGGAAUAAGCAAAAGGAAACUCCGCCAACAUCACCCGCAGAAACCAGUUUCGACGAACAAAAACAUGUUCACGUUCGGCCUUUGGAUUCACCUCAGCUGGCCACCAGCAAAGCACAUAAAGUGCCAAAUGAGUCUCGAGUUCGAGUUCGCCUGUCUCGUGAAGAGGUCGCCAAACGUCAGGAUGACGAACCUGAUGAUGACUUGGAGAUCAUCACGUCGCCUAGUAAAUGCCGAAAGGCAGCCAUUUUCGAGAAUCUCCGGUCAAAGAAUCUGAGUGAAAAUCAAACAAUGCUCAAGCUCAAAUUGCUUGCCCGUUUGACGUCGGCAACAAGUCGUACAAAAUCCAUGAGCCCUGCUGAGCUCUCUGCCAUGUUGCAACUUAAAGCUCGACAGCAAGCACUUCGCGAAAGGCAAGAGAGGAUCGAAGAACUCAGAGCCCAGGGUAUUGUGAUUGAAACUGCGGAAGAACGAGAAGCCAUUGAGGCAGACAUCGAGGAUUUGAUGGAGAGGGCUAGGCAAGAGGCCGAUGCGAUCGCUCGUCGCGAGAAGGCUGCUCGCGGAAACAACCCUGGAGUCAGCGAUGACGAAGAUGAAGAUGAUUACGACUACGCCCUUUCCGGCUCAGAGGAUGAGGACGAAGGUGGAAUGGAAGAAGAUGUUGAAUCUGCAGAAGAGGGAGACAGUGAAGAAGAACUGGAGGAAGAGUUGGAGGCAGAAAUAGAUCAUCCAGUCCAGGGGCUGGUCGACAACGAAACGGAUGUGGCGGAAGAGUCAUCUCAUGAGGAUGAGGAGAUUGUAACACAUGGCAUUCGAGGCAGACGUCCUAGAAGGGUGGUCACCGACGAUGAGGAAGACGAUGAAGCAAGCGAAAUGAACCCGACAGCUGUGCAGGAACCAAAGACGCCUGCAAGAUCAAUAGCUGCUUCUGUUGGCUCGGCCCAACGACCGCAGUUUCCUGACAUGCCAGGAUCCUCCACGUUCACAAUGAGCCUUACCCAGGCGUUCGCCGGAACCAUCGCAGAGGAUCAGUCAGAUGGCGAAGAGGACUCGUUCAAGGUUCUGCAAAGCCUUCCAGAUCCUGGAUUGCCGAAUUUCCAACAAAUGGCCGUCGACUCUCAGGUUGAGGUUGAGGUUGAGGUCAAGGAUAGUCAAGACCAGCGUCGUGGAUCAAUCGACUUGUUUGCCGGUUACACGCAGUCUAGUUCUCGUGUGCCGGAGUCCCCGGGACCGAACUGGUCACAGUACUCACAAAUGCCGGAGCCCACUCAAGAUAUAGGCUUUGUAUACUCACCCAUUGAUGUGUCUAAGCGAUUUGUCGAACCGCCAGUCUCAACUAUCGAUACAGUUAUACUUCCAGCGAACGAAUCGCCCGUCAUGCGCAAGAAAGGUCGACUCCUCCAACGCGGCCGGCCUGCUCAUCUAUCGGAUGACGAAGGCGGCGAUUUUGAAAUCAAAGCUAGCGCAUUUGAUGUGAUGAAAAAGGCGUCCAAGCAAAAGAGUAAGGCAGCUAUUACGUUCGACAAGUCGAACAGCAAGGCCAAAGAUCACAUUGAUGAGGCUGCUGAGGAAUCCGAGGAUGAAUAUGCAGGUUUGGGUGGUGCUAGUGAUGAUGAUAACGGGGAAGAAGAUGAACUUGACCGGGAGAUGAUCAACGAUGACAGUGGCGAGGUUGUUGACGAGAAGGAACUGGCGGCUUUGAAUGCGAACCAUCAACGUACUAUGGAUGAGAAACAAGUCUCCAAACUGCUGAAAGAUAUCACAACUGGAGCUCUGCGGCGUAGGCGGGGAGCGGACGAUGAUCUGGACUUGGACGAUUCAGAUGAUGAACGCCUGGCUCGACGAAGAGCCAAGCAGCGUGAAUUUGCCAAAAUGCGCAAAGCCUUGCUUGCUGACGAGAAAGUCAAUGAGAUCGCCAGUAAUCCAAAGAAACAAGCAUUCUUUAAGGCACUUGAAGAUCGCGAUGAUGACGAUGAGAUGGAAUUCGAGUUUGAUAACGGCACUGAUUCCAAGGAAGAGUCUUUCCAGGAUAAUCAGAACGAAGAACAGCCUGCCGGCACAAACGCAGGUGGAGAAUCAGAAAAAGCAUCUCACAAACGCAAACGACCUCUCGAACCUACUCCUGAAGAUGUUUCCAACAGACCUCCACCACACCUCCGACGCACUGCAGCUAAUGUCUCACGCAAACCAUCUACUCUCGCAGAGAUUCGAGAAACCCUGUCCUUCCUGACAGCAACGCCUGAGUACGACUCGUUCCAUGAGGACGCAUCUAUCGAAGAAGAAAUCGUCUAUAGCACCGAUAAGGCCAACUCUGGGGAUGAAACUGAGAACGAUGCAGAACCCAGUAGAAAAUCCUCCACAGAUGGAUUUGCAAUUCCGCCAAACCCACGCCGGACUCGUGGUCCGAUUGUUGACCGUCUGGCUCUUCAACGUGCUUCGUCGUCCAACUCUGCACGCGCUGGCGCCAAACCGGCCUUUGUAACUAGUAAUACAUCAUCCUGGGAUACGGCCAAUGUUGGAUUCCGUCCACCACCUCUACUUCGUCGUGCAACAUCCUCGUGGUCGACAUCCGACAGCUCGUCAUCCUUCUCAACAACUGGCACUAAGAAAUCGGCUUCUGGUCCCAAACCAGGGUUGUCCAAUUCUAACAAGGGUUCGGUCAAUUAUUACACUGCCGCCCGAGAACGUGAGAGGGAACGUGAUUUGAGAUUGAAGGAGCGUGGUGGUGGUAGUAAAAUUACUGCCACCAAAAUCGCGCAGUUGCAGAAGCAAUCGUUAGAAAAUGGUUUGUUAGCAUGGUCAAAGAAGGGUUCUGGGUUUGAAGUUUGA